AUGUCUAAAAGACCCUAUUUAAGUGUAAAACUUAUUUCUCUUGGUCAAAUAAUACCAAAUAUACAUUAUGGCACUAAUUCUCAUUAUUGGUGGAGAGUAAAAAAUGAUAGUUUAAUUGAAGAAGGUAUUUUUCUUUAUCCUGUUCGAAUUGGUUGGCAAACUCUUUUUGAGCAAAAUAAUAAACGUUUUUAUAUGCAUAUUACAGAAGGGCAUAAACACAAUGAAAUAGAACCAGGAUAUCGAUGUCAAACUGGUAGUAAUUAUAGUAGUAUCGAAAUAACUUCGAGUUUAGCAGUUAUAAGCUUGUAUCAAAAACUUUUUCCAAGCUCAAAAACUAAAUUUUCUGGUCCAUAUGUAUUAGGGUGGGAUGAUGAUGAGUUAUUAGAAUUAUCUUUAGAAAGUAUUCAAUUUCGCCCAUUUGCUUUUAAAGUCAAAAAAUAUUUGGUUUAUAUAACUAGUUUAGGAAUUGGAAAUAAUAUAAAUAUGAUGAGAGCUGGUAUCGGAUUUAUGUCAUCUUUUUUUGGUGAAUUUAAAAAGAAACGUACAUUAUUUGUACAAACAAUUGAAAAAGAUAAUUGUCAAAAAAAUGUUGGCUUAUAUAAAAAAUUUCGUGGAACGCAAUUAUUUGGACUUGAACAUUCAUUAACCCAAAAAAUUAUCAGUAAUCAAUAUAUACCAACUUGUAUUGCAAUUGCAUGGAAUAAUGAAAUUGUGAUGAAUAGUAUCCCAAUUAUUGAAUUGCGCAAAAAAUUACAACAAUUAUACCCACCUCAAUAUGUACUUAGUGAACGUGAAUUAUGUGCUUGGAGAACUAUGCUGAAAGCGAGUGGAUGUACAAAUAUUUCACCCUUUGAAAAAGGCCAAUCAGAAUAUGAAUUUUGGUCACGGAGCUCUACAUCAAAUAUAGAUCAAAAUACUUUGCAACUUUUAUAUAAUAGUGGAUUUAUUCAUACUACACCUAAUUAUGUAAUUGAUAUUAGUAAUAAAUUUUGGAAAUGUUUUCAAAAAUCUCUAAAUAAUAACAAAAAUAGAAUAGAUGUAAAAAUUCGAAUUCUUUCAAUAAUCGCUAAUGAAUUUAGUUAUGACGAACUUCAGAAAAAUUUUAAAGUUUCUUCUAAAACGAUUGCUAAAGCUCGAGCUUAUUGUAAUAUUAACGGUCCAGGAAGUUUAAUGCAUAAUAAACCUACAAUUACAAGAGUUCGCAUUAGUGAAGAAAGUGAAAAACAGUUUGAAUAUUUUUUUUCUGAUAAGAAUAUAGUAAAUCUAAGUUCUUACAAAGUAGACAAAUAUGGAUUACCAUUGAAAUAUCUCAAAGACCAAAAAGAAACACUAACUACAUUUUUAACACGGUUAAAAGAUGGACCUUAUUGUUAUAAAAACGAUCUAGGUGGUCUGUGUCUUACAUGUGCUGAAUAUGGUUAUAACGUAUUUGAUAACUUGAAAGAGCUGAUUAAUAAAAAAAUUGAAAAUAAAAAUGAACAAAUUGCACAUGCUAUCAAACGUUAUAUUCGGUUGGGCUAUAAUAUAAAUGAAGGAGAUAAUAUAGUAAAAGCGAUUAGUAAUAUUAAAGGCACAAGUGUUGCUAAUAUUCAACCAAAUAGAAAUUAUAAGAACAUCAAAAAGCCAAAGCUCACUGGAAUAUCAAAUUGGUUUGAAUUUAAGUGGCCAAUAGAUUGUGAGCUUACAGGUUUUAUUUGCGCACGAGCUCUACCUCACUUCGGAACUUGGAACAACUUUUCACCUGUGGUUAUUAGUAAAUCAAGAGAUGAGAUUGAGCAACCCAAGCCAAGCCCUAAAGUAUCAGACCAUACGAUUAUAGAUACACCUUGGGUAGUUUCUUUACCAUCAAAUAGCCCUGAUCCAACCAGGUUGUCAAUAUCAGAGAUCAAAAGAGAACUUGAGCAAAGAGGUUUGAGUUAUAAUACUGAUGAGAAUAAAACUAACUUGAUUAGCCUAUUAAAAGAGAAUAUUCAACAAGAAACAUCAAAUAUGAUAAAGGAGAUGAAAGAUGCACAUGAAUUAUGUAUAGUGAUCAAUGAUGAGGGAGGAGGCAAACACAUGACAGAAACUGUAAAAGAAAUAUUGAAAAGCUUCUUUCAUGCCAGUGACGAGGAUAAAAGCGAGAGAUAUACAGCAAAAGAAAUGCUUCAAGAUCUGCAACAAAGGAAACAAAUGGAAGAGUUAGAGGCUGAAGAGAUUCCAAAUCUUAAAACGAUUGAGAACUAG